UUCUGCAGAGUGGAACCACACAUGGACCCGAUGGACUGGCUGGAGAACCACGAACUCUUGCGGUUUUUCCGCCGUCAUAAAACCGAAAUGUCUUGCAUGGAGAAGCCGCACACGUUCCUCCGCCAGCUCAGGGAUCACGACCUGGUCCCUGAGGACCGAUACAAGAAGGUGAGCUGCAUGAGGAGUAAAGACAACAUGAGGGAUGGUCUCUAUGAAAUUCUGGACUGGUUUGAGAGAGAGCGAUCACAGAAGGUCAGAGAGUUCUGGAGCUGCGUGUUCAAGGACUCCAUCCUGAACCAGUAUCCCACGCUGCGACUGCUGCGCAACAGCCUCAUGGACGGGUCUUUCCAUUUUGACAUAUCAGAGAAGGUGGGGAAGGAAGAGUCAGACAAAGGGAAACGGAAGGCCCUCUCAGAUAGUGAGAAGGAAGAGGAGGAAGAGGAGGAGCAAGAAAAGUCUGUGACCAAGAAGAGAAAACUAGGAAGUAGGAGCGUGUGUCGCAACGACAACGAGGAGGAGCCGGCCGGUCCAUCGUCUCAGUUGACUCCCAGGAAAAGGUCCAAGAAAUUAUGCUUCUCCACUCCACGGAAGAAGGGAGAGGAGAACAACAUUUGGAGCUGGCCCAUCUAUAAGCUCCAGCUGCCUGUGACCUGUGGAGACCGUAAGGGCACACUGGUCAGACAAAGACUGGCUAAAGGGAAAAAGUGCAUCGUAGUCGAGAAACAGUGGUUCAGUCCCCCUGAAUUCAAGCUUUUUGCGGGAAAGAAGAGUUCCAGGAAAUGGAAGUCAAGCAUUCGAUGUAUUGAAACCCCGCUGGGAAAACUUAUACAGGAAGGUCAUUUACAAGCAGCAAAGUACAAAAGAGACCCUAAAAAAGCCGAGAAGUCACUGUUCCCAUCUGGUGAUGUAACCAUAGUGUCCAGCAGAGAUGAAGAGGAAGAGGAGGACCGAGACCUGGACGAGCUAGACAGGGUUUCGUCAAGCAGCAAAGAAAGUUCCCCAGCUGUCCCAGACGAGGAAAGAGAGGAACGGGCUGAGCAGCAGCCACAAGCCAGCCAUGACAAGAGGAUGUUCAGAGUCACAUGUGGAGCUUCAGACGGGACCUUCUAUAAGAAUCGAUUUGUGUCAGGGACUCGUGGGAAGAGUAUUCGCACUGAGACGAGCUGGAUGACCCCGGUGGAGUUCCUGGAGUUGGCACUUGGUCGGAAGGAUGCCUCUUGGAAGAAAGACAUUGAAUGUGAAGGGAAGCCACUCUUUGUCCUCAUAAAGGCGGAGACCCUGACGAUCCACUCUCUGCUGUGUAAUUGCAACCUGUGCAAACCAGAUGACGAAGACCAGGGGAAUCAGAAAAACGAUGAUGAGUGUUGCAUCUGUAGGAGGGAGGGAGACCUGGUGAUGUGUGAUAACUGCCCUCGCUCCUUCCACAAGAAAUGUCACCUGCCUCAUGUAGAGAACGGCCUUCUACGGGACAACAGUCCGUGGUUUUGUACGUUCUGCGUAUUCCGAUCCAAUGAACACUAUUUUGGUUCGGAGGAGCUGGAAAGCGCUCUGUCGUACAAAAUAUCCCAACGCAUGUUGCAGUGUCAGUGUCUCCUUCUGUGUCUGUGGAGAGCUGAUGAGGAACAAAUAUUUGCUGCAAAACCAUUCCGCUAUUUGAACGACUACUCCAAUAUGAUCGAGACUCCGAUGUGGUUCGGUCACAUAGCAGGAAAACUCCAGCAGAAACUCUACCAGACCGUUGGAGAGUUUGUGACUGACGUCCGGCUCAUUUUCUCCAACUGUGCUUUGUACAACCGGGAAAAUGCUGAAGUUCUCGUCAAGGGCAACAGACUGAAGGAGUUAUUUGACAGAACAUUUAAGAGCGUGUUCAACAUAAAAUAAAUAGGCUGUUGGCGCCGUGUUCUGGUAUCAAGUAACGCCUGUGUAAAGGUUGAGAAUAUUCAAACAUGCCUGUGCAAUAUAUAUAUAUUGUGAUGUCACGAGAGGCGCUGCCGCUCUCUCCGGGGUAGUUCAAAUAGUGCGAGGACACCGGGUUCAAAAUAUAAACAAAGGU